CAAUCAGUCUCAGUGCCUACCUUCACACAUAAGCGGCAGGGCACUCAGGUCUGCCAGAGCGCACAGACCUACACAUACACAUACACAUACACACACACACACACACACACACACACACACACACUUGUCACAUUCACGCACACAACACCUUUCACACACUUCACACACGCACCCUCCCCUCUUCAAGGCACCCUGCGCGACCUCUCACCAUUGGCCAAGUCCCGGAGCCCUCAGCAUCUCCAUCACGGCUGAAGGGACCAUUCGGGAAAGCAGGAGACAGAGGUGGACGACAGUAUGAGGAUGCUUGUGGGACUCGUUUUGGGACUCUUCGUCCUCAAAGCAGCGGUGGCUGGCCCCAGAUUUUCCCGACAAGUGGACUUGGACACAUAUGACAGCGCCAACUACGAUGUAGAUCUAGACAAUUUAAAUUCGGAGAACCAAGAUAUCUAUGACUAUGAAGAUGGGCUGACAAUUGAUGAUCCUCAGAUAGAGAUUGGAACACUAGCCCCACCUGACUAUAACUACCCUGUACCCGAGGCCUCGUUGGAAGAACAAGUAGAACAAGAGGAGGAAGAGGAGGAGGAAGAGUUGCCCCUAACACCCCAGCUCACCCCUCAGGGUUCAGGGGGCUCUGGCGUUCUCAUGGGCCCAGACACACAGAAAGAGGUGGAGCUGCGUCUGACGCCCAUUGACAUCCUUCAUGUGUCCGGGGAUUUUGGGGGCUCCGUAGGGUCUGGGGCCUCGGGAGCUUCUGGGGCUUCUGGGUCUGGAGACUCAGGAGACCUACUGUUCUCCGGUGGCUCUGGGGGUUCUGGUGAUAUUGUCCUGAUUUCCGAAGCCUCUGAGGAGCUUCUCAGCUCUGGGGGAUCUGGGGAAUUCUUGGUAUCUGGGGAUCUCUUGAUAUCUGGGGAUCUCUUGAUAUCUGGGGAUCUCUCAGGCUGGGGGGAUCUCUUGAUAUCUGGGGAUCUCCCAGGAUCUGGGGAUCUCUUGAUAUCUGGGGAUCUCUCAGGAUCCGGGGAUACUUCUGGAGCCUCUGGGGAUACUUCUGGAGCCUCUGGGGAUACUUCUGGAGCCUCCGGGGAUACUUCUGGAGCCUCAGGGGAUACUUCUGGAGCCUCAGGGGAUGUUUCUGGAGCUUCUGGGGACCUUGGCUCUGGUAUUUCCAUUGAAUUGCCCCUGGGCUCUGGAGGAUCUGGGGACCAGUCUGGUUCCGGGUUCUCCGGAGAUCUUUUGAACUCAGGGGCCUCCGGAAGCUCUGGUGAGUCCGGUGACUCAGGGAUAACAUUUAUUUCUGGAGAGGAGGAGCCGCUCCUCAUUCCCGAGACUACCCCUAGCGAGGCAUCGGGUGCUUCAGGGGAGUUCUCAGGAGCGUCAGGAACCUCAGGGUUCUCUGGAUCCUCUGGGGCUUCUGGUGUCUCUGGCUCUGGAGACGCAGAGGUCCCUGAGGUAACUCUGAUCCCUGACACUGAUAAAGAGGAGGGGCUGCUUCCGACUACACCAGAAACCCCUCAGGAGGGUACUGGUGGUGUAGAAGGGUCAGUGAGCUCUGGUGAACCUGACGAGCCCGAUGAGCCUGUGAUUGACAGGGAAGGUAUGCCCACUUGCUUGCUGUGCACGUGCCUCGGUGGUUCGGUCUACUGUGAUGACUUGAAGCUGGAUAGCGUUCCACCUCUUCCCAAAGACACCACUCACUUCUACGCCCGCUACAACAGAAUCACCAAGAUCAACAAGUCCGACUUCGCCUUUAUGAGCAAGCUGAAAAAGAUCGACUUAACCGCCAACGAGAUAACGUCCAUCGAUGAGAAAGCAUUUAUGGGUCUGCCUGAGCUGGAGGAGCUGGUGAUUCGAGAAAAUCAUAUUUCACAUCUGCCUGCCCUCCCAGAGACCAUGAGCCUGAUCGAUGCCAGCCAUAACAAUAUUGGCACCAAGGGUAUUCACAAAGAGGCAUUCAAAGAUAUGACUAGCCUGCUGUACCUGUACCUAACAGACAACCACAUUGAUUACAUCCCUGUGCCUCUACCAGACAGCCUGCGAUCUCUACACCUACAGCGUAACAAUAUUCAAAUGAUGCACGAGGACACAUUCUGCAACCUGAAAGAUUUCAACUACAUCAGGAAUGCACUGGAGGACAUCCGUCUGGACGGCAACCCCAUCAACCUUAGCAGGACCCCACAGGCUUACGUCUGCCUGCCCCGUAUACCCAUCGGGGAUCUCAUUUAACCACACAGACACAUACCUUACACUCUUGCACACUGACUCCCGAGAAUACAAACACAUGCACACAUAUUUGUACAUAUUGACACAUACAGCCACACACGCAGACAUGCAUAUAAUUUAUCACUCCUCAAACAAACAAUCAACUAAUUACAAUUACAAACUGCCAUACAUGCUGCUUACAUAUACUAUAGAUCAGUAAAACUCUGUGUGGAAAUAUAUGUUCCGUAAACAUCUACAAACGCAUAGAUUCUGAGUCAGAUUCUGGUGAUCAAGCACAUAUACACUGCUCUACUUCUUCCUGUUGUUCAGAUUUUUAUGCCAGGCAUAACACAACAACACACAUACACACCGUGAAACCGUCACUCUCACAAUCCCGCACCUAUCAAAAUGCAUGUACACACACACACACACACACACACGCAUACAAAUACACACACAUACACACAAGAACUUUCUCAAAAGCCAAACUGUUCCUGUUCCGCAACUUGAUGAAGCGUAAAAGAGAUUAGCAAUAGGUGGUAUUCGGAGAAAUCAGUUUAUUAAAAACCCUCAAAUGGCAUGUAUGUGUCUGUUUAAUUGUCUUUUCAUGACUGGCAAAGAAAUACAACCAGUAAUAUUGUUUAAAUAUGUUUGUUUUGUAAAAAAUAAAAAAAUAAUAUUAAUAUUAAUGACAAAUCUAACACUUUUGGAAAUGUAUACUAGCAUAAACUUAUUGAAGCUGGAGCUUAAUGAAAGGUAAAUUGACUAUCUAAUGCAAUAAAAGACGCAUUUAAACACAAUCA